GGGUAAUCUUGUUUGUGUAGCCUGACCAACACGACUUGCUCCGACUCAGAGAUCUGGCGCCUUACUUGAGGUUCGCCAUACACAGGACACUGUGAGUGCGAUACAACCUUACACGGAGUGUUAUAUUGCGUUUGUAGUCUGCGACAAUGGCGCCGGCCGCGCUAGACUCGCUUGAGGCUCUGCAGACCGAUUUCCCAGACCUUGCGGAGGAUAUUCAGGAGUUCGCUAACCUGUACCAGCGCAAGCUAUGGCACCAGCUCACCCUAAAAGUGGAGGCCUGCUUCCAUAGCUCUGCAUUCAACCGGGGCGACAUCCCUGUGCGCCUUUUUAAAGGCUUUGUCAGUGACUUUGGCCACAAGAUCAACUUCCUGAAGCUGGCACAGUUUGCGGUGCACGCGUGCAAGUUCCAGCCAAACCCUGCCGCUGCGUGCGAGCUGCUCACCUCCGUCAUCACCAAGUUGGAGGACCUCAAACAGCCGCGCACCGCAGAGGCUGUCCUGUUCCUGCGCAUGCACGUGGCGCAGCACAAGCUGGAGACGGGCGACUUGGCGGAGAGCAAAUCCAUCACUGAGUCCGUGACGGAGGCGCUGGGCAAGCUGCACGACGUGGACCCCUCCGUGUCGGCUGCGGUGUACUACGUCACCUCGCUGCUGGCCAAGGCGCAGUCCGCCUACGCCGACUUCUACCGCUCCAGCCUCAUGUACCUCAGCUUCGUGUCCAGCGAUAGCCUGCAGCCGGACUUCAAGCGUCGGCUGGCGGUGGACGUGUCCAUGGCGGCGCUGCUGGGCGAGGGCGUGUACAGCUUCGGGCAGCUGCUGCAGCACCCCAUCGUGGGCAGCCUGGACGGCACGCCCCAGCAGUGGCUGCACGAGAUGCUGGAGGCGUUCAACAACGGCGACAUCCACGCUUACGACGCCCUGUGUGCUAAGUACGCCACGCAGCUGAACGGCCAGCCGGCGCUGGUGGCGCACGAGCGGCGGCUGCGCGAGAAGAUCACCAUCAUGUCGCUGCUUGACCUGAUCAGCAGCCGGCCGCCUGAGGCACGCGCCAUCGCGCUGGCGGACAUCGGGGCGCGCACCAAGCUGGACACGGACGGCGUUGAGUUCUUGCUCAUGAAGGCCCUGGCACUGCACCUGAUUGAAGGCGUCAUUGACGAGGUGGCGGCCACUGUGGAGGUGACGUGGGUCACACCGCGCAUCCUCACGCCCGCGCAGCUGCAGGGCCUGAAGGAGCGGCUGGACGGCUGGGUGGGGCGCGUGGCAGCAGUUGCGAUGGCGCUCGAGAGCGAGAGCGUGGGCAUGCUGGCGGCGGUUAACGGCGGCGGCGCGGCGGCGGCGGUUGGCGUCAGCGCUUGAGCGGGAUAGGCUCUGGGUAGCACAUCCGCUGACGGCUGGUUGCUGCCGGAAUGAUCGAUUAAAGUGUUUCACGGACUGCAGCAGCUACUGAUUGAGGCCCAAUAACGGCUGCGGCAUUGAUAGGCGUGUAUGAGAGGGCUACGGGCCUAUUGCGUGGGCCUAUGGCACAGCAAGGAUAAAGCUUUGGAGCGUUUACGCCGCACGAUGGCGUCAUCGACCCCGCGGGGAUGGUGGGCAGCAACCCGGGUUCACUUUUGGGCAACGUCCCGCAUGCACAGUACGGACCGCGUUUCAAGGUUGCGGACAUGUCGGACAAGGUGUUAUUUUGUAAGCGGUUACCUUG